UGAAGUUAACAUAGCGGGUAUAUGACGUAACUUAGCCAGUGUGCUGCACUGUAGCAUUAAACCACUUUACAUAUAUACUAUAACAAUAAAUACAGUACUGUCCAUAACAUGUUUUAAUGGCUUUUUUUUGCAAGUAAAAAUAAAUAUGUGUCAAAUCUCGUGACUUGGAAUGUGACUGCGAUCCAACAAUAAUCAUGGCGGAGUCGAACUCCCGGUCCUCCGACUCGGAAGAAUAUUCUUCAAAAAUCAGGUCCCUCAAUAAUGAUGUCUGUGUCAAUGUGCAAUUCGCAAAUAGAAGUGGAAGGACAGCAUCAUUAUUGUGGUACAAUUUCAAAGGAGUGUUUGUAAAAUAUGCCAUUUUACAUAACAAUGAUUUUAUGGACAUGCACACGUACGUGACCCACCCGUGGGGCGCUCGUGAUGCUACAACAGGGAACGUUUUAAAUAUUGGGGGCCAGUCUGUGUAUUAUCCACAAUCUCCAGUACACGGUGAUGAUGAUAACGACGAUGAAAAAAAAGAAUAUCCACUGGCAUACAUUGAUUUACCAUUAUAUUCACUGAAGGAAAUAUGUCUGCAUCAGGUGCAGAAACUUUAUCCAAAGAAAAAAAUUACAACAAUUGCGGAUGUGUUGCCACGGACACUAGUGACCGACCUGAAAGAGGGUGGGAAGCAUGAGGUCCACUAUCUCUACAAGAAUAUGAAGGUUAGCAGAGGUUCACAUGUAGAGCACACCUGUGGAGAGGAUGGUCUUGUUGAAGUUGUAAACCUAGAUGGAAAAAACAUACCAAUGGGUGACCAUCAACUUGCAAAUGAUAGUGAGGAUGAGGCUACGGCCAGAGCAAGUUCAGAUAAAAAGACAACUGAAUGUCUCGACGAAUCCUCAAGUGGUGAAGAUUUUCAGAGUCGUCGGAACAAAAAAGAAACUUCAAGUUCUUGUUGUCUCUCUUAGAUUGGAAUCUUUAUAUGAAAAAGUCAUUGAUUGACUUAGAGACUGCCUCUUUAUUU